GAACGCAGCUUAUUUUGAUUGAGGAAUGAUAACAAUAUACAAUAUAAUUGCAUAUUUUUAUUGAGCCAAAUUAAACACUGAAGUCGUUAAGCGAUACGUACAAUAUACUAAGGAAAAAUAAAAAUCAGUUGAUUGCUACCACAACCAAAUUAUGACAAAAUUUGAAAAGACGUAGAGUCUUUUGUUAAACAGUUAUGGUGUUGUAAUCUGUGAAGAGUGACCGAAGUUCACUUUAUGGAUGUAACUUAACGCAAACUAUGAAUAUACUCAGCGGUGUCAUCCAAGUGAAUGUUCAGUGAUUCAUUGACACAGAUUUUUUCCUUCAUCAUACGUCUUCAGGAUACAUACAGGUUUUUACAGCAAGUACGAGCGCGACAAUGGAGUACGGACCGGGGCCAUCCACUUCAACGGCAACCUUCAAUGGACGUAACACCUCAAAUGACUUCGCGUCGCAAAUGAACGAUGAGCAGGAAGCGCUGGCUGGCCUGGGAGAGGCUUAUGAUCAAACGGAGAUCGAGAAGGGUGUUAUUGAUGUAAUCGACGAACAAAUACAGCAAGCUGAUCGCCUCAGACAUGACAGGGAACUCCGAAAUGUCAUUGAAGAAGUGAAAUUUGUAAAACAACGUCUGAAUACGAUCAACGAAAGUUUGGCUGAGUACGACGAAAAGAAAGAACUGACUAAGGAUACUCGGAAAAAGUUGGACGCUAUCCGCCGAGAAAAGGAAAAUAAAGAAAAGCAUCUGAAGAAACUGGAGGCAAAACUUCGAAGCCUGAAUAUUUUCCUUGGCCACGAAGAUCUCGGCGGUACUGACGAGAUCGAUGAGGAAACACGGGAGCAACUUCGGAUGCUUUUAGGAGAUCCCGAAACCGAAGAGGAACGACGGAUCAGAAUGGGAGAAAUGACACCAUUUGGUUCUACGGUUCGGGAAAUUAAGCUGCCUGAAGUGGAUAUGUUCGAUCAGUUUCUGGAUGCUAGGACAGCCGAAACAAAAAAGGCUCGCCGGGAAAAAAAGGACAAAAUAUCGGUCGCUACCAAAACGAAAAAUAAAAACAGAAAGACAUUGACUGCCGAAGCCAAGGGAAUAAAACGGAAGGCUGAAAUCGGCACUUCUCUCGAACUCUGUAGACCUAAAAAGAAAAAGAAGCCUUUUUGGGAUCUUCCCCUUGGAACGAUCGAAGAUUAUUCAGCUAUUGGUGCAUGGAAAGAAAUGCGACCCAGCCAGGACAAUAAUAUUAGCCUUGAAUUACCUAAGGGGACGGCUGGUCAUUCCGACGAUUCAGAUUACGAUCCAGAGGAGGAUGAAGACAAUUGCGAGUUACAUGAAGAUGAAAAAAAGUUUGAACAGGAUAAGGACCUCAAAAAGUCCGUAAUCAGACGUCGUAGCGAUACCACUGAUGGAAUGCCUCUUGACACACGGCACAGGCAUCGAGAUGACGGAGAUCAGAAGACAUAUUUAAAUCGAGUCUGUCAACUGGACGACGAUUCAGACUGCAGCGAGGAAGAGAUCGAUGAGGAUUUUCGUAUGCCUUGUUCUCUCUAUAACAGCCUCUACCCGUAUCAGCGAAUAGCGGUGCGUUGGCUGUGGGAACUACACCAGAAUAAGUGCGGUGGAAUUAUUGGUGACGAAAUGGGUCUUGGUAAAACGGUUCAGAUGAUUAGUUUUUUACGGGCGCUCAAACAUUCGAAAAUGCGUGUGGUGGGAGACCCGUUCUGCGGACUUGGCCCCGUCAUCCUAAUUGCCCCAGCCACUGUGAUGCACCAAUGGGUCAAGGAGUUCCACAAGUGGUUUCCAAGGCAACGUGUAGGGGUUCUUCAUAAUACCGGCUCAUAUUCAGGCAAAAAAAAGGAAUCUCUUGUACGUGACAUAAACAAGACCAGCGGAACACUUAUUACCUCUUAUCAAGGUAUUGUGAUAUACUUGGACAACAUUUUGAAGUACCAGUGGCAUUAUGUUAUACUUGACGAAGGCCACAAAAUUCGCAACCCCGACGCACAGGCUGCGUUUUCCGCUGUAAACGUAAAGGCAACGUUAGCGGUCAAGCAGUUUCAGACCCCUCAUCGGAUCAUAUUAUCAGGCUCUCCAAUUCAAAACAAUCUGCGUGAGUUGUGGUCUUUAUUCGACUUCAUAUUUCCCGGAAAGCUAGGAACCCUUCCGACAUUUAUGGCCGAAUUCGCGGUGCCGAUUACUCAGGGAGGGUACGCCAAUGCAACUGAAACGCAGGUUGCAAUCGGCUACCGAUGUGCUUCUACAUUACGAGACGCAAUCAAGCCGUACCUCUUGCGAAGGAUGAAGAGCGAUGUUAAAGCUAACAUCAAUUUGCCGCCGAAGAGCGAACAGGUUCUCUUCUGUAGACUUACGGAACGGCAACGCGAACUAUACAAGAGUUACCUGGAUAGCCCAGAAAUUAGACAGAUCUUCGAUGGUCGUCUACAGCUAUUUGUCGGCCUCAUAAACCUGCGAAAGAUAUGCAAUCAUCCUGAUCUUUACGAUGGCGGACCGUAUAAGGAGCUCGUCACGCGUAAUGCGAGUGAGUCAUACGAAAGCCCAAAUCAUAGCGAUACCGGAAAAGGGGACUGGAAUGACUUGGUGCCUGCAAAUAUGGAUUCCGCAUUGAAGGUGCCGCCUAUAGAAGAAGAAGAAAACGAACGAAAUUUUGGAUACGUCAAGAGAUCCGGCAAACUGAUGGUCGUUGAGGCGUUGCUCAAGCUGUGGAAGAAGCAAGGUCACAGAGCGCUUGUGUUCACUCAGUCUCGCCAGAUGUUACGGAUCCUAGAGGCGUUCGUGCAUCGCCGGGGCUAUGCGUAUCUGGUCAUGGAUGGUAGCACCACCAUUGCUUCCCGACAGCCAGCUAUUGAGCGAUUCAACCAGGACAAAAAUAUAUUUGUUUUCCUGCUGACGACACGGGUGGGUGGACUUGGAGUAAAUUUAACAGGAGCAAACAGGAUCAUCAUUUUCGACCCGGACUGGAACCCGAGUACUGAUAUGCAGGCCCGUGAAAGAGCCUGGCGAAUAGGCCAGAAUCGCGACGUAACAAUUUAUCGUUUAAUGACGGCCGGCACAAUUGAAGAAAAGAUAUACCAUCGACAGAUCUUCAAGCAGUUCCUGACCAAUCGCAUCUUGAAUGACCCAAGGCAGAGGAGAUUUUUUAAAUCGAAUGAACUGCAUGAAUUGUUUACGCUUGGGGAUGAUAUAGGAAAGAGAAACCGAACUGAGACAUCUGACAUUUUUGCCGGUACGGGCUCAGAGAUUCGGAAGAAGCAUCUCAGAACACCCGAAAAGAAACGCAAACAGCAAGAAAAUAAAGAGCGAUUGGAAAAAAUGAGAAUGCUUGCAAAGAAGCUCAGCCAAAAAAUCGGGGCUGGGGAGAAAAUUAAACCUGGUGAUCUUAAAGAAUUGGACAAGCCAACUACUAGCGGUAGUAGAGGAACAACUGUCGAGGGUGAAAAAUUAUCAGAAGUGGUACGAAGAUCGCGUUUUAAGGGAACGGACACGGAUGAUGAAGACCAAACUGAUAAAAAACAGAAUGAAGGUGAAACAACGAAAAGGAAUGAAGACGAUGAUUAUGUGCUGUCAAAGCUGUUUCGGAACAAUAACGUGCAUUCGGUGAUGAAACACGAUGCGAUAAUGGACUCUGCUGUGGCUGACAGCGCUCUCAUAGAGGCAGAAGCUGAACUGGUCGCACAGGAAGCUGUCAAGAAGUUAGAAAGGUCGCGCAAAAUGUGCUUUCGUGCGACUUCAGGAAUUCCCAAUUGGACAGGCCAGUUCGGUGCCUAUCGUGGAAUGAAGAAAGCGCGAUUUGGAACUAAGAAUGUCAAGUCAAUCGGAUUGAGCCCAGCAGGACCUAGCCCAACUAAGAAUAAAGAAGGAUCAUCGCAUGAAGGAGAGGGCGAAAAGAGCCAUUUUGCAUAUGAUCCUAAUGAAGAGAAGAUCAAAAAUAGUAAAGCUAUGAGUUCAUCCGAAUUGAUGGCUCAUAUUCGAGCCAGGAGCAUUGGAAAUGUAGAUUUGGAGACAUCAGAUAAUGAAUCCCAAGAUUAUGAAUCUGAAUCCGUCGUAGAGGCGACCUCUACUGUCACCAACGAGACCGACGAGCUACUUGUUGAUCUCAGGAAUUUCAUUGCUUUUGGUGCAACAGUUGACGGCCAAGCAACCACUCAAGAAAUUCUAGCCGUUUUUCGAAAUAGAGUUCCCGAAAAGGACGCGCCCCUGUUUCGUAAACUGCUAAAGAAACUUUGCGAAUUUUUCAAAAGGGGAACCACUAAAGAUGGUCUAUGGAGGUUGCGUCAAGGUUUUCGAUAGUAUACUUGAUGGCAACGUUUUCCAAUAGCUAACAGUGUCAAAACCUCUUUUAGGAAUAUUGUUAUUUAUGUGGAAGUAUCCUUUUAAUUAUUUUCAUGCGAGCUAACAUAAUGUGGUCUAACACAAAGGUGAAGCAUAGCUUCCGGAGAAAUUAAGAAAGGAUUGUAGUAUCGUGUUCUGUGUAAUUUUAUACAAAUAAUUAUUAGGUAGCCAACAGCUAAUGAGCAAAGGGAGCCUAAAGACUAUUAGUUGUCAUACAUUUUAACUGUUAAUUUCGACUAUAAGGUUUGUCAAUGAUGUAUGAUUUUGAGAUAUGGCAGUGAGUAAAUGAAUAGUUAUAUUAAAUUAUUUCGAAAAUCAUACCUGGAAAUCGAGGUCGAUCGACGCCCGUGAAGCCUUGAAUAGGCAUUAUUUUACUAAAUUUAUUUUAGGCAAUAAUCAAUUUGUAAUUAGAUCCGAACUUAAAUUAAACGUAUAGUUUGGCAAAUGUUUUAUGUUUAUUUCAAUUGUCUUACUUCCUUUAUAUGUAUACAAACGUUAAGUAUACAUAAAUAAAACUCUUGUACAUUAUAUCUAAAUGCAGUGCCUCUGCUUCCUGUGGAGCAAAUGCAUAGUAAACACAAUCAGCCUUGGGGUGUGUUUAUGUACAUUGAAAUAUAUGAGGCGCCUAGGUCUACUUCCGUUUAAUACAGAUGUGUAAGUUCAUGUUUUUCCAGCAUAGGAUAUACUAUGUAAAACAUUCCACUCACUGUUGUUUGAUCUUCAUUAGCAUCGUCAUUAUUGGUCAUAAAUUAAACAUGAUUUACAGAAUAUAAUUAUAUGAAUUUUUAGGUAAGUCAGUCUCAGCACAACUUCUACUCAUUUUAAAGCAUUAUUUAGAAGCCUAUUGUAUCAACAAAAGGAUAGAUCUUCAAUAAAAUAUCACUUGUAUACUAGAUCAACGGUUCAUGACUGUUCUAAAGUAAGCAAUAUAACGUUGUAAGGAUUGAUUGUUUGGACAAAUAUUUUGUCAGCUGUGUAGUCUGAUCUGUAUAAUGCAUUAGCUUCUAGCCUCCUUAACAAAAUAUCGAUUAAGCUCCAAAUAAUUAAAGAUUGGCCGAGCAUGCAUUUUUGGCCAACAAUUACAGGUGUACAAUUUUGGUAAUAUAUUAUAUAUGUUAUAAGUACACUACUGCUUCACGGCUUCCUUAGUAAAGCUUAAAGAGGCUCCAAAGAUGGAAGGUGUGAGGCACUUCAAAUCAGAAAAUUAAGUUUAGCCACGGAAAAGAUAUCGGUCUGAUUUGCAAUGUGCCUGAAAUAUUCCCGGGUCAGACAGCUGAACGUCCCCAGUGGAGCCGAUAGGCGCCGAACUUCGCGGCUUUGUUUAGAACAUCUGUUACGUUGCUAGCCUAGCACCCAGAUUAACAACUAGUUAAAAAAGUAUAGAUAGCAAAAAAAAGUGUCGGAAAACGAGAGAUAGAGCCACUGACUGACGAAAUAAGAAGAAUAAUGGAAUAUGCGGGUUGCCCAAGAGGAUUUUAAGGAGUAAGACUAAAUAGACAACUAAACAAGCACGUGGAACGCCGAUAC